GUGGCGUGAGCUGAGCUUGGGUUCCGGAGACCUUGGCUGCGCCUGACCUGGCUCUGCCCUACCCUAUGUGUGACUUCGGGAAAGGUCUUUCCCCGCACCAAGCUGUUGUUUCUUGUUUACAAAAUGAAGAUCAUAGUUUUAUUAAAUAAAUGUUUAUCACGUGUCUAAUAUGUGCUAGGGAUACAGUGAACAAAAGGACUCGAAUCUCGUAGAAGUGACAGCCCUCCAUCAAACAACCGUGAGAAGUGAAAUGGAGAAGUCGAGGUACCAUGAGUGUAUAUCACAGGAUACCUGACCUAGCCACGGGGUCAGGGGUGUCUUUACUGAGUAGGUGAUUAUAGAGCUGAGAUCCGAAAAACGGUUUGGCAGAGAGGGUAGGGAAGAGCAUUCUACUCAGGGGAAGUCUCUUGUUUGCAGGUCUGAAAGAGACCAUUGUAGCUGAAACAGAGAGCUUAUGGGGAAACUUGGUAUGAAAGGAAGCUGGAGAGGUUGCCAGGAGCCAGACCAUGAAGGCUUUGUAGUUCAGGCUAAGAAUUUCGGUUUUCCAAGAACUGCUUGGGAAGCCAUUCAGAGGGUUUUAAGUGUGGGUGUUGACAUGAUUAGAUUGGCAUUUUGAAAAGGUCAUUCUGGGUGUUGUAUGGAAAAUAGAUUGAAAGGGUCAGCCUACUUUUGGGGUGAGGGAUAAUGGUAGCUUAGUGGUGGUGAGGGAGUUGGUGGAGAGAAGUGGAUGGAUUUGAUUUUCUUUAUUCCAGGGCUAUGAGGAACUCACAGGGCUGUAAGUGAGAUUGAUUGGUAUGCUGUAGAGUUCUGUGCAUAUUCAGUAAACUUUUUCCCAGCAUUUCCUCUGCAGCAGGCCAUGUGCUGGCUGCUGGAGAUACAGAGAAUUACAGGCUGGUGGAAUAAGAAUGAAAGAAAUCAUCAUUAUCAAGGAGGAGCACACAGAUGCCACAAGGGGAAAUGGCUGUUCUGGAAGAAAAAGAACAAGGAUUCUCCUCUUGAGCAUCCACGACCGGCCUCAUGGCUGCCAUGCAGAUGGAUCCUGAGCUUGCCAAGCGCCUCUUCUUUGAAGGGGCCACUGUGGUCAUCCUGAACAUGCCCAAGGGGACAGAGUUUGGCAUUGACUACAACUCCUGGGAGGUGGGGCCCAAGUUCCGGGGCGUGAAAAUGAUCCCGCCAGGCAUCCACUUCCUCCACUACAGCUCAGUGGAUAAGGCCAAUCCCAAGGACGUGGGUCCUCGUAUGGGCUUCUUCCUUAGUCUGCAGCAGCGGGGGCUGACAGUCCUGCGUUGGAACACAGUCCAGGAGGAGGUGGAUCUGUCUCCAGCCCCGGAGGCUGAGGUGGAGGCCAUGAGGGCCAACCUCCAGGAGCUGGACCAGUUCCUAGGACCUUACCCAUAUGCCACACUCAAGAAGUGGAUUUCACUCACCAACUUCAUCAGUGAGGCCAUGAUGGAGAAGCUGCAGCCUGAAAGCCGGCAGAUCUGUGCCUUCUCAGAUGUGCUGCCUGUGCUCUCCAUGAAGCAUACCAAGGACCGGGUAGGGCAGAAUCUGCCGCAGUGUGGCACAGAGUGCAAGAGCUACCAGGAGGGCCUUGCUCGGCUGCCUGAGAUGAAGCCCAGAGCUGGUACAGAGAUCCGCUUUUCAGAGCUGCCCACACAGAUGUUCCCUGAUGGUGCCACACCGGCAGAGAUAACCAGGCACAGCAUGGACCUGAGCUAUGCCUUGGAGACAGUGCUCAGCAAGCAGUUCCCCAGCAGCCCCCAGGAUGUGCUUGGUGAACUCCAGUUUGCUUUCGUAUGUUUCCUGCUGGGGAAUGUGUACGAGGCAUUUGAGCACUGGAAGCAGCUCCUAAACCUCCUGUGCCGGUCAGAAGAAGCCAUGGUGAAGCACCAUACCCUCUACAUCAACCUCAUCUCCAUCCUGUACCACCAGCUUGGCGAGAUCCCCCCUGACUUCUUUGUGGACAUUGUCUCCCAGAACAACUUCCUCACCAGCACCUUGCAGGUUUUCUUUUCCUCAGCCUGCAGUGUUGCCGUGGAUGCCACCCUGAGGCAGAAAGCUGAAAAGUUCCAAGCUCACUUGACCAAGAAGUUCCGGUGGGACUUUGAUGCGGAGCCUGAGGACUGUGCCCCAGUGGUGGUGGAGCUCCCUGAGGGUAUCGAAACUGGCUAACUCUGGAAACGCUCUCAGCCACUUCCCACAUGGCUGCAGUCCUGGCCUGUCCACUCACCCCUUCCUAUCCUGGGACCUGCCAGGGCAGGGAUCCCACCAGGAUCUAGUAACAUGGAGCCAGAGUUCCCUCCUUCACCAGUAAAUAAGUUCCUUUGUGCAAAAGAGGCUGUACUCAUCCUGAAGGCACAUUUGUGGCUUCCUCAUCAGCCUGGCAUUGGUGCUAACCUGACUGAACUUC